AUGCUCUUAGUCACGAAAUUUGUAGCCUUCUUGAGGUUUCACAUACCCAUCCAGCGCACCUUUGACAGCCCCGAAUCACGCGUCCUAUUUCCGAAUCAUCCAGAUACCUGUCCUAUUACCCAUUACCCCAAGCAUUGGGACCCAAAAGCAACACCAUAUCCCCAAGUUCGCAGGGAUUCAAACUCGUCGGACGUUUUCCAGAGUAAACAGAAUGGACCGGUCACCGUCCCAGAUCCUUACAGCUGGCUGCACAAGCCACCCAAUCAGAGCAAAGAGACAAAGCAAUUCGUCACCCGGCAACAAUCCUUUACAAAGGAUUACCUGAGAAAAUACUCCCAUCGACACUCACUUCAUAGGACGCUGAAAAAGAGUUGGAAUUAUGCAAAAAUUGGUUGUCCAACGCUGCAGCCCGACGGAUACUACUACUUUUACUUCAACCCAGGCCUAGAAUCCCAAUACAUUCUCUAUCGAGUCAAAAAAGGGGAGGAGGAGGAGGCUUACAAGCGGGCUAACGACCCCAAGCAACCUGUGGGGGAGCUCUUCCUCGAUCCCAACCUAUUCUCCGUCGACGGCACCGCCGAACUCGCUUCCUCGGCCACUUCCAAGUCGGGCAUCUACAUGGCUUAUGAAGUCUCCCGCUCUGGGAGUGACUCUCACACUAUCUAUGUCCGUCGCACUGACUGCCCCCAUACCAAGACUGCUGCCGAUGGCGGCAAGAGAGGUGAGGACCCUGGGCGGAUGAAGGACACGAUCGAGAAUGUUCAACUCAGCACCACCAGUUGGAUGAAAGACGAAUCUGGUUUCUUCUAUUCAAGAUACCCUAUCCAACAGCCCAAAGCUAGCAGGCCCGGUGAAAAGCUGCAAGAAGAAGUCAAAGUUGACGCCGGGACAGAUACCAAGGCUGAGCUCAAUCACAUGGUCUCCUUUCACAGACUUGGCGAGCCCCAGAGUCAAGACCUAUUGAUAUUCGCGGACCCAGCGAAUCCAUCCUACAGGUGGGGAGCUGAAGUUUCGGGGGACGGGAAGUAUCUCAUCCUGUCAGGUGGAAGGGACGGAGACAACGGCAAUCGAGUCUGGGUUGCCGAUCUGACCACUCAACCCCUGUCGAGCGAGAUGAAGUGGCAAAAAGUUGUGAAUGGAUUUGGCAGCCUGUACACCUACGUUACCAAUGACGACAGUCAACUGUAUUUCCACACCAACAAGGACGCGCCCAACAACAAAGUGGUGACGUAUGACUUGAGUAAGCCGGAAGAAGGUUUCACAGAGUUAAUCCCUGAGGAUCCCAGUGCGGUCCUGGCGGCCGUUUAUCCCAUCAAUCACAACCUGGUCAUCCUGGGUUAUUCACGGGACGUCAAAGAUGAGACAUACCUGCAUGUGCUCAAGUCGGGCAAGCGUAUCAAACGGAUCGGCGAGGAGUUGAUCGGUACCUUCGAGGGCUUCUCCGGCGGGCGAAAAGAUAACGAAUUCUUCCUCUACAUCACUAGCUUCAUGAGUCCUGCCACGGUCUACCGCUACCGUUUUGAGCCUCAAGAAGAUCAGACACUGGUCCAAUUCAGCAACACUCCGAUCCCUUCAUUAAACCCCGAUGAUUUUGUGUCGAAACAAGUCUUCUAUGAGUCAAAGGAUGGGACUAAAGUGCCAAUGUUUAUCGUUCACAAGAAGGACUUCAAGCAAGACGGCACUGCGCCAGCUAUUCAGUACGGAUACGGUGGCUUUGGUAACCCUAUUACGCCCUUCUUUUCGAGCCCUUUCUUGAUCUUUGUAGCGCAUUAUGGAGGGGUAAUUGCUGUGCCUAACAUCCGAGGGGGUGGAGAGUAUGGAGAAAGAUGGCAUUUAGCUGGCAGCUUGGAGAAAAAACAGAACGUGUUUGACGACUUCCAGUACGCUACCGAAUAUCUGACCGCCAACCGCUACGUGGCUCCCGACAAGGUGACCAUCAUGGGCGGCAGUAACGGUGGUCUCUUGGUGGCCGCCUGCGUCAACCAGGCCCCGGAGCUCUAUGGAGCUGCCAUUGCCGAUGCGGGCGUAUUGGACAUGUUGAGGUUUCAGCGGUUCACCAUUGGACGGUCUUGGGUGUCUGAAUUUGGAAACCCAGAAGACCCCGAGGCGUUCGACUACUUGAUCAAAUAUUCCCCUUUGCAUAACAUAAACCCGGGCGCCCAAUAUCCGGCUCUUAUGCUUCUCACAGCGGACCAUGACGAUCGGGUCGUCCCUUUACACAGCUUCAAGUACGCAGCUGCCGUCCAACACGCUCUCCCGAUGAAUAAACAACCUUGCUUGUUGAGGGUCGAGUCGAACGCGGGUCAUGGAGCCGGGAUGAACACCGACAUGGCGAUCGACUCGAUGGUCGACCAACUCAGCUUCAUUGCGCUCAGUCUUGGCUUAGAGUGGAAGGAAUACGACGGAAAGAAGACAUCUUGA